AUGGGAGAUUUUGCUAGCAAACUCAAGGCAAAGUUCAAGAGACGGACCUCCUCGACUCCUCCAUCCAUCGCGUCGUCGACCAGGAGCAACGACCGAACACGAUCACUCACUGGCCAGCGACCUCCUUCGUUCGAAAUCAUAGCCAACAAUCGCAGCAAAAAGACGGAUAAAAGCGAUGGCGAAGCUGUCCCCAUGACGCCGGAGUUGGAGUCAGCUCGACAGUCUUCUCCCCUCUCGAAGGUCGAGCCCGAAGAAAUCUCCGAGGCUGCAACCCGCAAAUCUAGCGCGACGGAAACAACCACAGCCACGGCGAUCGCCACACCUAACGAUUCUUUGAGGACCUCACCAGACAGUGCCGCCGCGGCCACCACUAAAAAAGACCUACUUCCCAAGGCCAGCGAACCCGAAACCCAAACUCAAGAGGGCCAGGGAGCGGGAGAGGAAACUCAAGAAAAAAGUUCAGGCUCGGCUGGCUCAUCAGCCGAAUCAGAACCUGCAAACCCACCAAACUCAAAGUUCAGCGAACCCGUUGCCAGCAACCUGGCAGACGCUAACACCAACAUGGGCAAGGAUCCACAAUCCUCGGCACUACCAAGCAUCAACGAGUACCCCCAGGACUCCUCGACCACCACCAAUUCUCCGCACACGACAACUGAUGAGGAUGAUUUGAUCACGCACACACCAUCGCAGGCCGUCGAUCACAGCGGUAGCGGCGAGCCUACCCCACGAGCAGGCAGCCUAGGAACACCUGCGACAGCAAACUUCGCACAGACUUCAGCGGCGAGCACGAACCCACCACGCCCGCAUCCCAGUUCCACCCACAGCAGCCCUAUUGCGGCUAGGAGACCAAACGCCGCAUUUCCAACCCCCUCAUCCUCGUCCUCGUCCUCGACACAGGCCGGCGUGCAGGCUCAAAUAUCCGCCCAGCUUCUUCGUACGCUUCUUGGUUCUGCCAAUCCGGAUGAGCUUCAAAACCUAGGUGCUGGACCGUUGCAUACUCUGAGUGGUCCGAACAUGACCCGGCGGCGGAAAGUGUGGGUUAGGCGGCCCGGUGCGUCGCCGACGCUCAUCACCAUAAACGAGGACGAUAUGGUGGAUGACGUGCGAGAUAUGAUCCUGCGGAAAUAUGCCAACUCUCUGGGUCGGCAAUUCGAUUCGCCGGAUUUGACUCUGCGCAUAGUGCCCCGCGAGAAUCAGAGGGAGCGACAACUGGGACCCGACGAGCACAUGUGCAAGACGAUUGACGCUUACUUCCCCGGCGGUCAGACGGUUGACGAUGCUUUGAUAAUCGACGUUCCUCUUCGCAGGACCCCUAGGCCAUCUCCACGAGCUGGUCCGCCGCAUGCACCACAACUGGCGUCGGUCUAUUUCGCGCCAGCCUCUACAGACGACGUUCAUCGUCCUCCCGAGGCCGGGACGGACUACUUUGGCCCUGCAGUGGUCGCAACAACCUCUCAUCUCCCCAAUGGCACGUCAGCCCAACCUCACAGCAUCGGUGUGCUCACCACCGGUCAAAUACCCCAAAUACCAUCGCCCGGUGGGACUCGCCGGACAACCGCCUACACGAGCAGACCUGAAAGACCACGGCUGGGUCGACAGCACACCUCUUCCCCUACAAUUCUCAAUCUUGUCAACUCUGGCCAUGCAGCUCAGAUGCCCGCCGGUAGCGUCCUGGUAGAACAGGCCCCUGGACCUCCGCCUUCGGCUCCCCCGAUGCCUACACCACCGCCGGCCGAAGCGCCUGCCCCACAUGUAGCCACUCCACCUGCUAUGGCGCCGCCGCGUGUUGCCUCGCCGCGCCCUGCUGCUCGUCCUAGAAAGAAGAAGCCACUCGAUGGUCUCAACCUACCGCCGGGAAUAUUGAGUGGCGGCGUACCACCAAUCAAUGUCCUGAUAGUGGAGGACAACCCGAUCAACCUGCGACUACUGGAAGUGUUUGUCAAGAGGCUAAAAGUGCGGUGGCAGACGGCCGUCAAUGGACGUGAGGCUGUCGACAAGUGGCGCCAAGGAGGGUUCCAUCUCGUGCUGAUGGACAUUCAGCUGCCAGUCAUGUCCGGUCUCGAGGCGACGCGGGAGAUCCGUAGGCUCGAGCGUGUCAACUCGAUUGGCGUAUUUUCGUCCUCGGCCGACAGCGCGCCCGAUGAGGUGGUCGGAGAGCCAAGCGAAGAUGACAAGCUGGUCAACACCGACAUGUUCAAGAGUCCCGUUAUCAUUGUCGCCCUGACGGCAAGUUCUUUGCAGAGCGAUCGUCACGAGGCGUUGGCAGCGGGAUGUAACGAUUUCCUUACCAAACCUGUUAACUUCGUCUGGUUCGAGAAGAAGAUCAUGGAAUGGGGGUGCAUGCAAGCGCUCAUUGAUUUUGACGGCUGGAGGAAGUGGAAGGAUUUCUCCCAGAACCGCGACGAGCAGGACGCCGCCAAGAAGGCGGCCGCAGCUAAGGCCAAGACCAAGAAGAACCGGUCCUCGUUGACCACAGCAGCAUACAAUGGGGGCACAACAGUCGCCGCCUGA